AUUUAGGUUCAAGAAGUGAAAAUAAUCAGUGAGCCUGUUUGUGCGUCAGAUAUAAAACGGCUCACACGGCGUCUUCUCACCACAGCUCGGACACUGAAACAGCUCUUCACUGAAAACUUCCCAAGACUUCAUUAUACACUUCAGAAUGGACUUCCAGAUCUUUUCCCUGUUGAUGUUGCUCGUGGCCUGUGUGGAGCGGAGCCUGGCCACCUGCAUGGUGGACAGCUUCACAGUCAAAGACGACUUUGACCCCAAAAGAUAUGCAGGAAAGUGGUACGCUCUGCAGAAGAAGGAUCCCGAGGGUUUGUUCCUGCAGGACAACAUCUCUGCUGAAUACACUGUUGGAGACGAUGGUGCCAUGGUGGCCUCCUCCAGGGGCAGAGUCACUCUCUUUGGGUUCUGGGUUGUGUGCGCUGACAUGGCUGCCCAGUACUCCGUGCCCGACCCUGGCACCCCCGGCAAGAUGUUCAUGAACUACCAGGGACUGGCCAGCUACCUGUCCAGCGGCGGUGACAACUACUGGAUCAUUGACACAGACUAUGACAACUACGCCAUCACCUAUGCCUGCCGCACCCUGAAGGACGAUGGAAGCUGUGAGGACGGAUACUCACUGGUCUUCUCCCGCAACCCUCGUGGCCUCCCCCCAGCCAUCCAGAGAGUCCUCCGCCAGAAACAGGAGGAAAUCUGCAUGGCCGGAGAGUUCCAGCCUGUGCUGCAGUCUGGAGCCUGCUAAACUGCUAAACUGGAGUUUGUUGAACAGCCCUUCAUUGUACUGGACUGAUGAUCAUCCUGCCCGAAACGAACGUCAUAGGAGAGAAUUAUCGGAUGAAUCGGAUUCAACGCCCCAUGAAAAAAUGUAACCGACACUGCCGAGAUGAAAUUAUAUUUCCAUAAGCCAAAUCCAAUGAAAACUAUUAGCGGUUGAGUGAUUGUGAUGAAAUAACCAACCGCACAGUAUUGUCACACUGAUGGGUAACAUCUGCACUGAGUAAUCAUUCUGUACUGGUGACAAUAAAUUUUGUAAAGAAAC